AUGAACUUCAGCCCAGUAAAAUUUCUCGAUGACUCUGUGUUCGAGUCUCUGCUGGAGAAGCAAAUGCCGGAACCCCUGACCCCCUCGCCGUGGCAGCUGCAUUCGGGAAAACACUUUUUGGGCGAACUCGAACCCAUCACUCUCGGCACCGUCGGCGUGGCCUCCUUCGAUCCUAAGCUUGUUUUGAGCGGCGACUCGCGAGGACUGACCCCUGUGGUCAAGCAACAGAAGAAAACUCAUCCUGAAGGUUAUCAUUUCCUGAGCAACUACGUGUACAGCAACAGCCAUGAUGAGCAGAUGCUAGCUGCUGAAGUCCUGCAAGAGCGCUGGGCUCGGACGCUCAAGCUUGCCCACAACUUCCCGAAGACUGGAGAGCACUCACAGAGAAGGGAGAGGGUUCUAGAUGUUCCAGGCGGCUACGAAAGGCUGUACAAAGAUCCUCGCACACCUGCAAGCCACGUGCAUAUAUUGGACAUGAUCAAGGCUUUCCAUCGACACUCGGAAGGACCGCUGAACGGGAACGUCGGUGCACAGAAGAAGUACAUGAUCAUCAACGCGGUUCGGACCACGAACUCGGGAAGCCCAGGAUUUAUGACAGUUGUCAAUCGGCAUUGGUUGCUAUUGCUCAUGGAAGUUCCCGGUUUCAACGGUUUGGACGAGGUCGAACAUUCGAACGGCUCCUACGACAUGGUUAUUCGGGGCCUCGUGAUCAAGCCUAAGCACAACACGACGUUCGGUGAGCUCGAGAGGCCCAAGGUGCCCAAGAUGGUCGAGACGGCCGAUGAGACUCCCACCAAGGCUCCGGAGGCGGGCGACGUCCAUAAGGACGAUAUGCCCAAGACGGUCGACGGUGCCGGCGAGACUCCCACUACAACCCUGUCGAACUUCAAGUGA